GAAAUAAAUUGUCCCGACUUGAACAGGGAAGCUGGGUUAGACCUAGGCAAACUUCCUUUGCCACGUCUGAGCUCGCAGAAAACCACCAGUGUAGCAACUUGCGGAAAUAGCUGCAUGAGAGAACUUAAAUUAAUUAACGGUGUGUCAUGCUGCAGUCAGUGUCCAUCUCUCACCUGAUCACACUCUUGGCCCUGCUGGUCCAGGGGUUCUCUGGGGUAUCUACCCAGGAGGCCCCUGCCAGUCCCCCACCCAUGGGUGACUCCAGCUGGGCCCUAGGUCUGCGCCUGUACCGGGCCCUCCGCUCUGAGUCCGGGGCCCUCAACACCUUUGUCUCCCCACUGCUCCUGGCCUCCUCCCUGGGGGCUCUGGGUAGAGGGGCUGGGGGUACCACCGCCAAACAACUCCAUGACCUCCUCCAGACACCCACUACCUCCAAGAAACUUGGCCAGGCUGGGGAGCUGGCAGGGGGGCUGGAGUCUCUCAGCGAGGCCAAUGGCACCAGCUUCAGACUGUACAGCUCCUCUGCUGUGUUCUCCAAGCAAGGGCCACAGCUGAGUGAGGGUUUCAUGAAGGAGAGUAAGGGGAAGUUUGGGCUGAAGCAUCAGACCCUGGGACAGGGGGAUUCCAAGAGGGACUUGAAACAGUUCCACGCCUGGGCGACGGAGGGCAUGGGUGGGGUGGAGGGAGCUCCGCUGAGGGGUGAGAUCCAGACAAAGACUGGAGCUCUGGUCGUGGCCAACACCCUGCGUUUUAAAGGAUUGUGGGAGAGAGAGUUUAAUGAGGACACCUCAGAUCUUCGCACCUUCCUGGGAGCUAAGUACACCAAGGUGCCCAUGAUGCACAGAGCAGGAGUGUACCGUCACUACGAGGAUGUGGAGAACAUGGUGCAGGUGCUGGAGCUGAGGCUGUGGGGGGGUGGGGCCAGCGUGGUGCUGCUGAUGCCCUUCCACGUGGAGAGCCUGGCCCGCCUGGACAAGCUGCUCAGCCUGGACCUGCUGGCCAAGUGGCUGAACCACACCUCCUCCACCAGCGUGGCCGUAUCCCUGCCCAGGGCCAACCUCAGAAGCACUCUAAGCCUACAGAAGCAGCUGUCAGCACUGGGCCUGACCGAUGCCUGGGACCAGAAGACUGCUGAUUUCUCCGGGGCCUUGGGGAAGAACCAGGGAAAUCUUCACCUAGGGGGAGUCCUGCACUGGGCCUCCCUGGAGCUGGGCUCCGAUGCUGGGCAGGGGGCGGCGGAGUUGGAGGACGAGAUUGUGGAGAAGAAGCCCAAGGUGUUCUACGCGGACCACUCCUUCGUUGUCCUGGUGAGGGACAACAGCAGUGGGGCUCCGCUGCUGCUGGGGGCAGUGGACCUGCUGGAGGGGGAGGCCCUCUACGACGAGCUGUAGACCCACCCAGACCCAACAUCGCCUGGCCCCUCCGACACCAUCUCAAUCACACACACGGGCAUGCACGUUACACAUGCGCACACACUCUCCCUCACGCACACACACAGGAUUUCACAAUAACCCAGCUACCAAGAAUGUAGUACUUUUACACACACACUCUCUCUCCCUCACAUGCACACACUCACUUAAGUCACACACACUUGUUCCACUGUAGCAGACUGCUUUGUGUUUUGUAAGCUGAGACUGGCCCAUAGAGACUUGGCUAUGCCAUUCAUUGUGACACAGUAUCAGACUGUGGCUGGCUGUCACAAAGCAUCACUGACACUCAGGACUCUGACACGUCGUGACUCAGAUACACUGACACUUGUGGCACACACGAGUGGAAACACAAGAGAAUUACCAUAUUUGAAAGAUGUUUUAAAACAAGAACUUGUACACACAUGCGCGCACACACACACACACGCUCGUCCAAACACACAUACAGGCCGUGACAGAUUGGACCUCAGAGGACUGGCAGUGGUGAGAGAGUCAACAGUGACAAACUGAAAAACAGGAGCACUCUAACAAACACUAACACGCUGACAAAGAUCUGGCAGCGGCUGACUUUCAACAACACGGCCGCUCGCGGACGGAGACUCACCGAGUCGUACCAGGAGACAGAUUGACGACACAGCAGACAGCAGGGGUGUGUGUGUUGGUAUGCGUGUCAGUCACAUCAAGGGUGCCCCCGUUGACGGUACACGACCAGAUAAGCUGGCAAGGGGGGUUGCAGCGUUCCCCCGGGUGGUGUCUUGGGGAGAGUGAUCACUCAGCCAAGUGGUUAUUGAUGGGCCAGCUUAAUGCUAAUGGCGCUAAUGACUCAGAAUGGCUGUCAACAACAUGGAGGUGACGGCCAACCUUUCAAUCUCUUAAUUCCAUCAGGGAUCAAUGGUGUCGCCGUAUCGCCCUCUGCUAAUACGCUGUAACCAAUUGUGUCCGUCGACUUGAAUGCGCUUGAUUUGAUGGUUAUUACGGCCAUCAUCUGUGUUAUUGAUUCAAUAUGGGCUUUUCAUAUGGCCCUGUGGUGCAUGGGAGAACUAGAGAGGCGAGGGAAGCGUGAGUGAACGCAGUCAGCUAAACGCUGCCAUCGACUGUGGUGCAAGACGUUGAGUUUUAUACCCUAAUACAUUACCGUGGUGGGUUGGAAGAAAUCAUUUUGUUUGUCGAACACGUCAACAAGAGUUAUUUCUUUUUCAGUGUUAAUAAAAUACGGUCUUAUUUCAAGUCAGUAUUGCCUUUUUCAAUCUCUUUUAUUUUUCAAUUACCUACUUUCAGCAUCAAUCGGGCGUAUAAUUCAAAGCAUGUGGGCCUAGUCGUUAGCGUAGCAAAAACAACACCUGUCCUGUUCUUGACAGCCGUGAUAUACGGUACUGUAGGCCCAGACACGAAGCUAUUUUCUAAUACUUCUCUGCACAGAAAUAUAUUGUCCGGACCAAAGCCUCGCAGGGGUAUGAAACUAGAUUUAGAGCCCUAGACGUGUCAGAUAUUGAGCUCUGAGUGGAGACAAAUUGAAGACUCGUGGGUCCUAGAAAGUUCCGCUGCCAUAGCGUUCUUAAACACUGUAUGCCUCCCUUCCUUCCCUACGUCCAAAACUUCCCCUGACAAACUUUCCAAAGGCUACAAAACAAGCGGGGAGGAAAACAGUCCCUUAUUUCUGCACAAAUGAAUUAUUGAGAAAUAAAACGGGAGGAAUGAAAAAAAGAAAUAAGAAAAGACGACGCUCCUUGCCAUUAAUCUUAAAAAAGAACGUGUCCCUGCUCACUCAUGUUUUAUUAAAAGGUUUUAUAUUCUUCCCCCCCCCCAUCUGAUUCCAAAGUAUGCUUUAGUGCUUUGCAGGUCUCACACACACAGGUACUGUACACACAGACACAUACUUUGAAAUGACAUUAUUAGGUUCUUGCGGCGGGCGAGGUCUGGGACCAAAAGAGGAAGGAUGUAGUUUCUCUGGGGGGUAAAAGUGUGAAUGUGCAGUACAUCUGUCCUGGCACAGUUGUUGUAAUGGGCUGUGCAGAGACCAGAAUGAAACCCGCUAAUGCACAACCUUCCUUAAAUCUUCUACAGCACAGAAGUCUAGCUCUCUGGAGCUCAAACAGGGGACCAAACGUCAACAGAGCUUAGCCUAAUCACACAGUGUAUCAGGGUAGAGUGGAAUGAAGCAAUCAUUUGUUGUUGUAGCUGUAAUAACAUGUUGAGAGAGGGUGAUUGUGUGUGUGUGUGUGUGUGUCUGUGUAAGAGAGUCUGUGCGCAUGUGUGUUGUCCAACAGCCAAUUACACCCACCCCACAGCUGUGAAGUACAAGGUAAUGAAGAGCAUUGUGCAGGAAUCGCAAAUGCUACAGUACAGCUCUGGCUAGGAAAGGAGGAGAUGCAGUACAGUGGCUAGCUAGCGAGGAGAGGGGGUGUAAAAACCUGCUCUACUGACAGGGGCUGAUGGACCCGGGGGCGUAGGCUGUGAACAUCAGUCUCUCUCUCUCUCUCUCUCUCUCUCUCUCUCUCUCUCUCUCUCUCUCUCUCUCUCUCUCUCUCUCUCUCUCAGGCAUCCGUAGGCUACCCUGCUGACUCACCAUCACAAUAAUCUCAACAGCAGCAGCCAGAUGCAUGGCUGCCUGCCUGUUCCAACUCACCCACU